ACGCCUGUACUCGAGCUUUAUUUUCCUCCUACCCGAGAUGGGCGAAUCUCCGCAUCUGCCCUGCCUCUGAUUGGACCAGGAUUAGGCACGAAGAGUGGUCAUUGGCUACAAGUAGAGACAUUUACAGGAUAAGCCAAUCAGCGGCACGGUAAGGAGGGCUCCACACUCAGCUCGGGUGCCACUAAAUAACACCGUUUAGCUUUUCAUGUCGCUGUUGCCGCUUUAAAGCUGAACACGUGGACGAGGGACGUUGUCAUGGACGAGCUGUAACAACAACGGGAGUGAUGGAGUAUGAGGACGUGCUGAUCAUCGCUGCAAAUCGAGACUGGUUCUGUGUCGAUACCAUGUAGGCUGCGUUGUUUCCACCACCGAGGAACAAGUCCACCACUCACAUGCAGCUUUGAUACACCUAACACAGGACCAUGGAUCAUGAUGAGCUGCCGACGGAGCUGGACCAGAUUUCCAUGCGGCUUCAGGAGGAUGGCUUGGCUCCGGCAGCCAGUGCGGAGGAGCGGCAGUGUCAUCUGUGGCAGCAGCUGCUCCGAGGUGAGACGAAGCUUCGGUCAGUCACACAGGAGCUGCAGACAUUACGGACCCAGCAGGCCAAUGAGAUGACGGAGGUGGAGAGCUAUGUUGCACAUAUUCGUGGUCUGCUGGAAGAGCGGGAGUGUCUGACUGCCGACUACGAAAGAGAAAAUGAACACUUGCGACACGAGCUUCACCAAACCAGACAGCAACAAGAGAGUCAGGCCAAAGAGCUGGCAGAGAUGCUGGCCCAGGAGGACCUAGUGGAGAUAGGCUUGAGCAGUCCCAGUGAGCAGGUUGCUUACCUGCUGGUGGAGAGGGCCACGCUGCUGGAAAGGUUGGAGGCGGCUGAGAGGAGACUGGAAAGUCAGAACCUGACUGGAAACUCAGUGGAGGGCCCCCACCAGGGACAGCAACACAUUCACCACAUGAUGGGCGACGAGCUGCGGCAGCGGAGGGAGCAUAUGCAGAAGAGCCUAGAUAACAUGACAAAGCAGUGCCCAACGCAGAGUCCGUGGAAGAAGCUGUUCGGGCUGCGUAGGUCUGGUCAGAGCAAGCACAAUAUUACCCCUGCCCACAGCGAGGAGAUUUCACAAGAGCGGAAUGAGCGCCAGCGGCUGGAGCGGGACCUGGAGGAGGCGUCCAGGAGGCUGGCGAUGGCUCAUCAAGAUAUCCGUCGACUCACCAAUGAGCUGGAUGUGGCCAAAAACAGCCCGGACUCAAAUGGGUCUGGGCUUCAGGGAAUGGUCCAAGAAGUAGAAAACCUGAGGAGGGAAGUGGACAAACUGAAACACUGUGAUUUGAUGAAGCUGCAGCAAGCGAAAGAGCAAUACGAGAGACUAGAUGUUGAGAACAGAGCUCUGAGGGAGAGAGUGCGCACCAAAGAAUCUGAGAAGAAAAAUCUACUUCAGUUGACAAUAAAUGACGCAGACCAAGAAUUUGUUGCUGAGGAGGAUCGAAAAAGCAUCUGCAUCGAACCACAAAACAAUCUGUCAGCCUCAUCAGCUCAGGAAAAGGAUCUCAUUCACAAACGGUGUCACGAGGCGUUGGAAGAUGGGCUCGUGCAGGUCAGAGAGCUGCAGCGGCAACUCCAGAGGCUACGCAAGCAACAGGAAGAGCUGGAGGAGAGGAACGAGGAGCUGGAGGCCCUGCUGGGGGAAGCCCAGAAUGCCAAAAAGGAGGAGAGUCAUCGCCAUGAGGGGGAACUGGAGGGGCUGCACAGGAGGAUCAGAAGCCUGGAGGCAGAGCUGAAGAACCAAGACACCCAUGAAAAAAUUAUGAGGAACGGAGAAGAGGUCAAAAGCACUGAGUCCUACCUACAGCUGCACUUGAGGGACAGUAGCCAGGAGAGAUUGGCUCUGCUGGAGGCACGGCUGACUGAGGAGAAGGACUGGAGGAAACAGUUAGAGGUGGACCUCAGUGCUGCUCAGGCUGCCCUCAAGAAAGACAAAGGGGCUUUGCAGAUAGGUGAGCGAGAGCUGAAGAAGCUGAGGCUGGAGGUCAACAGCCUUCAGACGGAAUGUCAACAAGGGAAAACGCUCAUCAAGAGCCUCACACAGGUCAAAGGGGAAAAAGCAGUUCUGGAAGAAAAGUUGGCCCAGAUGGAGCGCGCCCACAGUCGACUCCAGAGCGAGCUGGAGCACCGUAAGGACAAUAACCGGACCCAUGAGGACCUGAAGGAUAACAGGCUUCAGGUGGAGCAGCUGCAGGAGCAGGCUGACCGACUGAGUGCUGAACUCCGCAGCCUCCAGACGGCACACAACACCCUGAGGGAUGAAAUGGUUUCUGAGCGGCGGCAGAGUGCAGAGCUGCAGGCCAAGCUGAGCUCCAGUGUCCAGGAGAAGCUGGCAGCUGUGGGGGAGAGAGAGAGACUGGAGCUCAAGACCGAGCGUCUCAAUGAGCAGCUCAAGUGGCAUCAAGAGCAGCUCGCCUCCACAAAGGAAGCACUUAGUAGCAGCCAGAAGCUGGAACUGCACACUGCUCAUACUGAACCUAGACUAAGUCCAGUGGAGAGGACCAAGGAUGAAAGCUUGGAUCAGCUUUCAUGUCUGAAACAGGAGCUGAAUCAUAUGCAGGACAAGCUGGGAGAGGAGCGGCAGCUGGCCCUGCAGCACCAACUGGCCCUGCAGGCUCAGGUCAAAGAAGCCCAGGCACACAUCAAAUCCCAGGACUCGGUGCUGAACCAGAGGACAGAGGAGGCCAAACAGAUGAAGCAGGACCUGCAGAGGGCCCAGAGCCUGUUCACCUCAGCAGAGAGAGAGCUGCGCUAUGAGAAAGAGAGGAACAUGGACCUGAAGAGACACAACACCCUGCUGGACCAGGAAAAACUCAAGCUUUGUGCAGAGCUGAAGCAGGUCCAGACCAAGCUGGUGCAGGUGGAGCAGACUCUCCACACUCAGUCGGCUCAGAGCGAACGGCAACAGCAGAAAAUCAGGGAGCUUGAGCUGGAGUUGGCACGCAACUCCACAAAUCGCAGCGCCACCACCAGUCUGCAGGAGGAUCUGCAGGCCGAGAGGGCUCAGCUGAUUGCAGCUGACAAGAAGGUGUUGGAGCUGCAGCAGCAUCUUAAAGGUGCCCAGCACCAGCUGCGUGUGGAGGAGGCUCGGGCCGGCGAGAGCAGCCGCCUGGAGCGGGACAGCAGGGACCUGUCUGACACCUUGUCAGCCCUGAGAGCCAAGCAGCAUGAGGAGCACAUCACCAGGAAGCUGUUGGAGCAGCGUGAGGAGGAGCUGCAGCAGCAGGUUCGCUCCCUCAGGCUGAAGGACGCCACUCUGACCAGGACCAACACGGAGCUCUGCCACCGUGCCCAGCAGCUGGACACCCGUCUGGCCAUCCUGGAGGCCGAGCUCAGCAAGGCCAGGGAGGAGGGGAGAGACAGCCAGAAGUCUAGGCACAUACUGCAGGAGGAGCUGGCGGCCAAUCAGCAGGAGUGUGACAGGCUGCAAGGGGAGCUUCAGCAGAUUCUCCUCCAAUUUGACAUGCACGUCAGGAAGUACGACGAAAAGCAGAGUCAUCACAAGACCAAGCUGCGUCAGGCCAAACAGAUCUUCCUCAAGGCGACUGCACAGAGGGACUGCACCAUCCAGAAACUGGAGAACGACCUGGUGUUGGCCUCCAGCCUCUCGCACAAGGAGAAGGAAAGGAUCCACACAGUGAUGGAGGAGAAUGAGAAACUUUUAGAGGAGAAGAGGGAACUGCUGAGGAAGAUGAGUGACGCAGAAGACAUGGGCAGCAAAGGCAUGAGGACCGCUUCGACCAUUCAACACCGGGUCAACGUCUUGGAAGUGGAAAACAGACAGCUACAGGAUCGCACCCUGAAGCUCUCCAAUCAAGUUAGUUCCCUAGAACGUGCCCUGAGGAAUUCCCAGUCAUUCUACAGCAUGGAGAAUGCCAACAAAGUUCACCCCUCUGAAAGUCUCUGUGACAGCAUCCUACAUGCAUCUACGCUAAGUCUGAUGUCAGGUUCUUGCGACCCACUGGACAUCCUGGACAAAAUCUGCCGUGGGAAGGUUGGCGACCGUGCGGCGAUGGACAGCACUCGAGCUUCUGUCUCCUCACACCAGCUAUCGGAGCAGGGCUACCUGAAUCUCACCUCUCCUCUGGUUUCGCCGGAGGCCAAGGGCUCCGAGGAGAGCUCUAAUAACGGUGACAAGGUAUGAAAGCGUUCUGACUGCGGCUGUGUUUGCAACAGCAACCCCCCAGCAGGAACGUGUGCUGUAGCUCAACGUCUGUUUAAAGCACUUCGUAUUCACCACCUCAGAUUUUAAAAAGAGUGAAAAGAUAUGUUGAAUUGAUUAUAAUAAUCAAUAAUUUUCAAUAGAGUAAUAAAGAGUUCUGCUCAGGGUGAUAUCACUUUUGUAUUGCAACGAAGAUUCUUGUUUGACUUGCAAGUGCUGCAUUUUGAUCCAGGUACGAAAAAUGCAUUGUAUCGAAAAAAGAUAAGCCAGUGUAAGUGUCAAUCAAAUGUUGGGUGACAUUGUUGAAAGGGAACAGGAUGAAAAGAGACACAAUAUUGUUUGUACGUGCUCAUACACCUGGAGAGCUGAGGCCUGUAGUCCGAAGCGAGUUCAACAUCCACUGGAUACGUUUGUGUUAUCCAGCUUCUCUUAACCUGACAUCAGACUGGAUAACCUGUACUAUGACGCUGGUUAUCAACUUGACUCUGGGUUUUCUUAUCCAGCUAUGAGCUUGUUCAUGUGGAAGAGGUGGAGUCGUUACUUACGCCACUAAGUCAGAACCAUAUAGAAAGUUGAGUUUUUGAUUCUGUAUCUUGAACUUAACCUUAUUUACUGACUACUCACAGUUAAACCUGACGUUAGCUCGAUAACCAUAGAUCGUGCUGCUUUGUAGUACAGGCCCCAGGUCAGUUGUUUACAGCAGUAAAUCAUGGCAAAUCUGGAUUCUUUGAAAGCCUUGUUUUGUUUCAUGGGAAGGAUAUUGCUUCUUCUUUUUUUUACGUAAAGAUACAGGUUAAGACACUGUACUCCACACUAGUGCAGUAAAUGUCAAACACACGCUUCACCUGUGGAUUUGAAUGAGUUUAAACUGAGCACUUUAUAAGAUGUUUGACUUGUGUUUACAUUUGAGAAAAUGUAGCAGUGAGAUUUCAGCGGCACAUAUAUCCCCCCCCAGCUAAAUUGAAUCUGGGCAGUGUUUUCUAUGAAAAAAGGCCUGAGGUGUUGUAUGUUUAUGGUUUUACUGUGUCAAACAAACCUUUACACAUUGAUACAGUUGUGGACCCACUUUGUCUAACAUGACACUGUGUGGUAAACGGUCCUUCUCCUUUCUGAGGAGCGGGUCAGCUGCAGCCACUCCAGUAUUUACAUCGUGCAGCUUGGCUUGUGGUUUGAAAAAAGAAAACAUCCAAAAUGUGGGAAAAGCCACAGAAGUCCAGAAGUUAGUUUGGUCUAUUUUGAGCCUUCAGAGCUGUUUGUUUCUUUUACAACCUCAAGGGUUUCUUCCAGGGGGCGCUCAAUCACAAAGUACUUGUACUUUAGCCACAAAGCAGAGAGUUGAGUUUUAUACAUGGCAUUAAUCACCACUUUUAAUAUGCUGUGUGUCAGUAAUGGUUUUAUACAGUGGAUGCUCUGUAGUCUAUUUUGUUUUCAAUGUGCCUGAAAUGAUGAAGUGUUCCACUUUGUCUUGCUGCUGCCUGCGUGAACACGUGUAACAACAAAAGCCUAUAACGCGACAGACAUGUAAAUUGUGAUGUAGCUGUGUAAAUAUUUUUUUUUUCAACAAAAUUAUUUUCAUAAAUAAAAGCAAAUAAAUA